GCCCCCCGGGGGAGCUGCCAGACCCAAGAGGCAGGCGAGCACCGGCCCUUUAAGGCCGGGUGGCUAUUUCCAGCUAAUUAGGGGCUUGGGCUGGUGCGGUUGGUUGAGGUCACCCCUGCGUGGGCAGCCAGACAGGGGGGCCGGCGCCUCGGUUCUCUCCCUGUUGGGGGCACCGUAGUCCUCAGGGGGGGGACAAGUGGGUAGAGCUGGGGGCAGGACAGGGGACCCGGACUCCUGCGUUCCCUUUGACUGCAGCUUAUCUGGGACCAGGCACCGACUGGUCGGCUCCUGCCAGGGAGAUCUGGGGAGGGCUGAAGCUCCAGCCUGAGACACCCAGAGCAGGAGUGAACCCAGGCAUCCGGGUCCCCAGCCCCCGCAGGCCCCACUCCCCCCCAGAGCAGAGAAGGACCUGGGCGCCCAGGCUGCCAGCCUCUCCUCCUGGUACCUGGAGCCCCUAGGCCUAGGGCUCAUCCCCUCCCCUGCCCGGCCUGGCUCGAGUUUCCCGGACAAAACCGGACUUUGAGGCACCCACUGUGGGGUGGAACUAGGAGCUGGAGGAGGCCCCGGGGCUGCUCCACCCCGGCAGCACCCGCACCCCGGGGAGAGGUGGCUGCAUCUCGCCCAUCCCACCCCGUCCCCCGGGGCGGGAUGAUCCCAGUGGCGGAGCUGCGGCAGUUUGCGGAGCCGACCAGCACCUUCCGUGUGCUCAAGCCCUGGUGGGAUGUCCUUGCCGAGUACCUGGCCCUGGCCAUGCUCAUGAUUGGGGUCUUUGGCUGCACCCUCCAGGUGACCCAGGACAAGAUCAUCUGCCUGCCCCUGCCCCCUGAUGCCGCCUGCCCGUCUGUAGCCCAGGACCUCCCCAACACCUCAGGGCCUCCCCCGGAGCUCCCCCCCCGGCCCCACCUGGACCUGCAGCAGUAUGGCUUUGUGAACCAACUGUGCUAUGAGACAGCUCUGCCCUGGUACCCCAAGUACUUCCCCUACCUGGUGAUCAUCCACACCCUGGUCUUCAUGGCUUGCACCUCCUUCUGGUUCAAGUUCCCUGGCACCAGUUCCAAGAUUGAGCACUUCGUUUCCAUCCUGGCCAAGUGCUUCGACUCCCCCUGGACAACCCGAGCCCUCUCUGAGGUCUCUGGGGAUGCCCCGGGCUCCCGCAAGAAGCAGAGGAGCCCCAGGGAGGAGGCGGGGGAGUCUCGGCCAGUGCUGGAGCCGGCUCUGUCCGUAUCGGAGAAGAAGGGGCCCGAGCUCCCGUCAAUGCUGCUGGACCGCAAGGAAGUGGAGCAGGCCCGGGCACUGUUCGAGAAGGUGAGGAAGUUCCGGCUCCACGUGGAGCAGGGAGACAUCCUCCACACCAUGUACCUGCGCCAGGCCGUGGUCAAGGUGCUCAAGUUUGUGGUUAUCGUGGCCUACAGUGCUGCCCUGGUGAGCACCAUCCGGGGCCCUGUGCCCUGCCACGUGGCCCCAGGGGGUGCAACAGGUGCUGGGAGUUUCUGCUGCCACCACACCAAAGCCCAUCUCUUCUCCAAGCUGGCUCUGGGAUACCUGGGCGUCCUGGCAGCCUACGGCUCCACCUGCAUCUACACACUCUACUGGGUCUUCCACCGCCCACUGAAGGUGUAUUCAUUCCGGGCAGCACGGUCCGAGAUGGGCAUGGGGGACAUCCCAGAUGUCCGGAAUGACCUGGCUUUCAUGCUGCACCUGGUGGAUCAGUCGGACUCGCUCUAUGCCCGCCGCCUGGCCGUCUUCCUCUCUGAGACCAGCGAGGGCAAGCUCAAGAGGCUCAAGCUCAACCAUGAGUGGCCAGUGGAGAAGCUACGGCAGAGGCUCCAGCAGAACACCCGGGGCCGGUUGGAGCUGCACCUGGCCUCCCUCCCGGGCCUGCCAGAUGCUGUCUUCGAGCUGCCUGAGCUGGAGGCAUUGACGCUUGAGGCGCUGGGAGACAUUGACAUCCCACCUGUCGUGACCCAGCUGGGCCGUCUUCAAGAGCUGGGCUUGGUCAACUGCCCGGCCCAGGUGCAUUUCUCCUCCUUGGUCUUCCUCCGCGACCGUCUCAAGGUGUUCAUGGCCACCUUUGAGGACCUGCGGGAGACGCCGCCAUGGGUCUAUGCCCUCCGCGGGCUGGAAGAGUUGCACCUCUCUGGGCUCUGCGGGCUGGAGGUUGGGGGCAAGGUGGGUGGUGUGUUGGAGAACCUCCGGGAGCUGAGGAACCUCAAGGCGCUGUUCCUGCACAGUGAGAUCUCCAAGGUGCCCCCAGGCCUGGCCAUGCUCUCACCGCAUCUCCGGCGGCUCUGUAUCCACAAUGCUGGCGUCCGCCUGGUGACCCUUAACACCCUGAAGAAGCUGGGGGGGUUGCGGGAGCUGGCAUUGCUGAGCUGUGGGCUGGAGAGGGUCCCCCAUGCUGUCUUCAGCCUGGGGGACCUGCGGGAGCUGGAUCUGAAGGGCAACCGGCUGCAAGCAGUGGAGGAGAUGGUGAGUCUCCAGCAUUGCCGGAAGCUGGCCAUCCUUCGCCUCUGGCACAACCGCAUUGCCUGCCUCUCCGAGCACGUGCGGAAGCUGCGGAGCCUAGAGGAGCUGGACCUGAGCCACAAUGAGGUCCAGGUGCUGCCUGCUGCCCUCUUCUUCUGCACCACACUGCGUCGUCUGGACCUGACCCACAAUUGCCUUCGGGAGCUGCCACCAGGUGUGGGUGCCUUGCAGAACCUGCGACAUCUGGGCCUCUCCUCCAACGCCCUGGAGACACUGCCGGAUGAGGUCUUCUUCUGCCACCGGCUCAGUACCUUGCUGCUGGGGGGCAACAAACUCUCAGCCCUGUCCCCUCGUGUUGGGGCGCUUGCCACCCUCACCCGACUGGAGCUGGAAGGGAACCGGCUAGAGGCUCUGCCUGCACAGCUGGGGAGGUGCAGGGUGCUGCGACGGAGUGGUUUGGUGGUGGAAGACACCCUCUAUGAGACACUGCCCCUGGAGGUCCGGGAGCAGAUGGAAGAGGAGUGACUGGGGAGGGGUCUCUGGGGGUCUCAGGAGCUGGGAUCGGGGCCACCAGAACAACUGGAUAGGGUCUCUUGGAGCUGAGAGGUUCUUCAGAGCUUCCUGGUGCCCUGCAGGAUGACAACCCAGGGGUCCAGGCUUCAAGUUUUGCUGUUCUAAGCCCAGCUCUAGAAGCUGGAGGGCAGUCUGGGGAGUUAAAGCCAGGCAGCUGGGUACCCAGCCCCCACCUGCUGACUCCCACCAGCUCCCACACACCUCCCAGAGCUGAAGAGAACCCGGCUGUCCUGGCUUCCAGCAACCUCCACCCCCCAUUCUCUUCCCAGAACAAGAGAGGACCCAGGCAUCCCAGCUCCCAGGCCCACCCCCUUGCUCUCACCUUCCUCCCAGGAUAGCCUAAGAACCCAGGAGUCCUGACUCCCAUUGCUCUUCCCAUAACAUAACCCCUCCAGCCCCAACUCUUCUCCCAGAGCCAGAGAGAGCUAGAGGCUCCCAAUUCUCCUCUCCUCCGCACUUCGGAGCCCCCCUGCCAGCCCACAGCCCCCCCCAGGCUGGGGCCAGCUCCUGUUGGGUUUUAAUUUAUCCCCAAUUAUUUGUAGUGUAAUUAACCAGCAAUUAAUGGGAGGGGGGGAGAAAAAUAAGAAGGCCGAGAAACUUCUGCCAGGCUGCUGUGUUUCUGUGGAGAGAAGUCUUUGGUCCAGUUCCACCCAGUGGUACCCAGACUGAUUCAACUGGGACGUAACAAAUCACCUUCUGUCCAGGCGCUGGAAGCUAC